CGCCAUCCUCCGUCCCGUCCCAGUCGGAAAGGUGUUCUCGGCAACCUGCAGUAACACCUGUACGACGAAUCGGACCGUUGUUUGGAGUCUCUUUGUAUCCUUCACAGACCGACACAGAUAACGUUCACUCUGGUCGAUUACGACUGGUACUAGCACUCAGUAUGGUCCAGGGACGGGUUCUCGUUAUUGCCGGCUCUGACAGCUCGGGGGGAGCCGGUCUAGAGGCAGACCAGAAGGUGAUCGCGGCUCACGGCUGCUAUGCCAUGACCGCCACGACGGCCCUGACGGCACAGGACACUACCGGCGUGCACGACAUUCACCAUGUGCCACAGGAGUUCUUGGUUAAGCAGAUUGACGCCUGCGUCGGCGACAUUGGUGUCGAUGUUGUCAAAACCGGUAUGCUGGCUUCUCCUACAACGAUAGGUACCGUUGUCGAGGCUCUCAAAAGGCACAAAAUCCCCAGGGUGGUCGUAGACCCGGUCAUGAUCGCAACUAGCGGUGCGGAGCUUCUUCCCCGCGAAGCCGUCGCCGAGCUGCUGGAGGGUCUCCUAAGGCUCACCACCGUCCUCACGCCCAACAUCCCCGAGGCGAAGCUCAUUCUUGAAGACUCGGGUUACAAGUCCAUCGAAGUGAAGAACGUCAGGGACCUCGACGAGAUGGCAAGGUCCGUCCAGGCGCUUGGUCCCGAGUGGGUGCUCGUCAAGGGCGGGCAUGCGCCGUUUAAGGCAGACUUCACUGUGGCUGAGACGGAGGAGGAGAAGGCUGUUGUUGUUGACGUGCUCUACGGACAAGGAGAGUUCUUGCAUAUCCAGAGCCCUUAUCAGAGUUCCACGAACACGCAUGGAACAGGCUGCUCGCUCGCUUCUGCCAUCGCGUCGAACCUCGCCAAAGGUCUUAGUGUACCUGAAGCAGCUAGGUCAGCUUGUCGAUACAUCGAGGCUGCGAUCAAAACCGCUCCAGGCUUUGGCAAGGGACAUGGACCGUUGAACCACUUCCAUUCGGUUCAGACACUUCCAUUUGCGCCGGGACGGUUCAUUGAGUAUAUGCUCGCACGACCCGAUGUCAAAGACGUGUGGAAAACGUUUGUUUACCACCCCUUCGUCAUGGCCAUGGGCGAUGGCACGCUGCCUAUGGAUUCCUUCAAAAAAUACCUCAUCCAAGACUACCUCUACCUCGUCCAUUUUGCCAGAGCUAAUGCCCUGGCGUCGUACAAGGCCAAGAACAUUGCGGAUAUUGCAGCUGGCGCUACCAUCGUCAGUCACAUCACUCGUGAGAUGAGCUUGCACAUCGACUACUGCAAAGAUUUCGGCAUCACCGUGCCUGAGAUUGAGGCAACCGAAGAGCAUCAAGCCUGCACGGCGUACACACGUUACGUUCUCGACGUCGGAAUGAGCGAGGACUGGAUCGCCCUGCAAAUGGCGCUGGCCCCUUGUCUUCUCGGAUACGGCGCCGUGGCCAAGCAGCUUCACGGCGACGCCAAGACCAAACGCGACGACAACACGUACUGGAAGUGGAUAGAGAACUACGUUGCUGAUGACUACGUUGGGGCCGUCAAGACCGGAUCAGAGUUGAUCGAGAGGCAUGCCGUCUUACAGUCCCCGUCGAGUAUCGAGCGGCUGGUCAAGAUUUUCAUUCAUGGAACCAAGAUGGAAAUUGGUUUCUGGGAGAUGUUUCCUUCCCGAUGAGAAAUCCCCUGCCGGGCUAUUGCUUGAUGGGAUGCAACAGAGUACAUGAAAAAGACAGGCCUUCCAACAAAGGCAGUAGACAAAGAAAACCCAACUAGGAACGUCUGCAACCAUACUUCCAGCAUGCAUGACUGGCUUGGAACAUGGCCAACACAUCCGAUUGUCGUCAUCCUGGCGCUCAAACAGCCACAAACACGAAACUCACACACUGUAGUAGAUCAACACCUAUAUAAUUUGUCCAAGAAGGGGAUUGGAAGGAGAACAAGAAGAAGAAGAUAGUAAAAAUCUAACAGUGUAGU